AUGCUGACCAUUCAUCGAAACAGGACAAGGCAAUUCAUGGACAAUCUGUUAAGCGACCUUGUUGAAGAACCAUCAGGGGAAUUAGAUAACUGUGUUCGUAUGUCAUCUAGUGAUUUCGAAUAUAUAUUGCAAAAAAUAUCGCCAAUUAUUGCAAAAAAGGAUACAUAUUGGCGAGAAGCAAUACCUCCAAAAAUAAGAUUGGCAUUGACAUUGCGAUUUCUUGCGACUGGAGACAGUUAUAGGAGCCUGCACUACCAUUUUAAAAUAUCAAGUACACUCAUAUCUAGAAUUAUUCCUGAAGUAUGUUUGGCUCUGAACCAAGUGCUAAAGGACAUGAUUAAGGCAGUACUGACAGCUGACUACGAUAGGAAUGGUGAAUUAAUCCAUGUAGGUAUGAGAGUAAACCAUGAAGAAAAUCUAUUACCAUUAAAAUCUGUACCUCGUCGGGCUCCUAUUAAUGCUACGCAAAUAAGAUCAAAUUUUAUGAAUUACAUCCAUCAAAGUCGACUAUGCAGUGGUAGGGCCUAUGAUGCAUAA